AUCGCCGAAGGAUGUCCGCUGUGGAGCCCGAGGUGCUGCAGAAAAUCGAUCUGAUUGAGCCCACAACCGGAAAAUUGUUUUUCGAGCACAAGACGGAGCUGCUUUUCUGCCGGCCACAUCUGAUGCCGCUGAAGACGCAGGCGCUGGAACGUCUGGAGGAAAUGCAUCGGGACACCGCCCGGCAAUUGCAGAAGAAGCGCCACCAGCAGAAGUCCACGGAGCCCACUGGCUCGCUAUGA